AUGUUUGAAAUUUAAAUAGGUUCUUCAGGUAUAAAUUGUUUCACUUGCAUACCCUAUAAAUUUCUAAGAUUGGGUCUUUUUAUUGGAGUUGGUAUUAUUUUUGGAUUGUGUCUAAUUGUUGAAUUAGGAGCUUUAAUUGAAAAAAAGAAAAUAAAUAAUGUCGAUGAAGGAGAUUAAGAUAAAGAUGUAUAGCUAUUAUUACUAUCAAUCUAGAUCUAAUAAUCGACACUUACCUAUUUUACUUUUUAUUAGAUUAUAGUAAUUAUUAUAGUAAUUGUUGCAAUAAUUGGAUUAAUUGGCAUACGAUAAGAGAACAAAUGUUUAUUAGGUAUUUUUAAUACAUGCAACUGUUGCUUUUUUUUUAUAUUUGCCUUGACAUAUGCAUUAAUUAGUUUAUUUUCAGCAUUUUCUAAUUUUUCUAAUUCAUAUAUAUGUGAUAAUACAAAAUUAUAUGAGAAGGAUAUCUUAUAUAAAGUAGCUGCUGAAACUCUUUGUAAAGAUGGUUGUGAAUGCUAUUUUUCAGGAACAAUCGCUCGAAAUUAAUUAAAGUAUGUCUAAAAGUAUUCAGCAACAGAUAAAACAUUAGUAAAUUAAUACCUAUUAUCUUAGCCAGUAAGAUUUGAAUAAUGUACUUAAUCUUAAAAUUAUAACAAAACAGAAAUUGCAUCUUUAUAAUAGAUUGAAUCAUUUUAUGAAUGUUCUGGUUGGUGUACUUAAUAUCCUAUUCAAUUUUUUAACGAUGUGAAUUCUAAGAUAAAUGCAUCGUAAAUAUUUAUAUUAUAAUACAAGUACUUCAUGUUCGAAAGCCAUAAUAAAUUAUUGGGAUAAAUUUUUUGGCUAUAUAAAAAUUAUAGCUUUUCUACUAAGUUUUUUCUUUCUUCUUAUGUUCAUUUUCACAUGCUUUUAUUGUUUUUACCCUAAAAUAUACAAUAAGAAAAUGGAUUCAACAAAGAUUGCAUUAAUAAAUUAGUGA